CAGCUCUCCAACCAAAGAUCUCUCCCAAAUCCAAUAAUGGCUAUUAGCAGCUCCUGCUUCAGUCUUGAAGAGGCCAUGGAUAAGAUUUGGUUCCACAAUAAUAUUCUCUUCUUUCAACCUUCCAAUUUGAACAUCUUAUCCAUGUUGCAGAAGGAUGGAAACAUAUUAAAAUCUACCACAUCUUCAGAAGGUAGCAGCUUUUAUGAGUCUGUUGUGAAUGAAAUCAAGAACAAGAAGAUUGUUCAGAAGAUGAAGAAUCCUGAAGGACUCAGCAGUCCAACAAACAAAAUCUGUUCUAAGGAAGAAAUCCCACAGCCAACACUGCAAGGAACGCCAAAGAUAAGGAGGAGCCAAUGGAGCUUAUAUGAGCUUAAAGGAUUUAAUGAUCUUGGUUUUUUGUCCAGAAAGGAAAAAGUUGGUGACAGGGAGAGAAAGUUUGAAGAAAGUAAGGUGGAAGAAGUAAAGAGGCCGUAUCUAUCAGACGCUUGGUUCAUAAAUAGAGCUGAUUUUUCAUUGCUUGAUCUCAGGAUGUUGCCCAAAACAAUUGAAGGAACUUACAUGAAAAAAUAUUUGAGAUCUUGGGCGCAUAAUGUGGCUUCUUUAGUUUGCUAUGAAUAAUAUUUGUGAAGUGUGUCUCUACUGUUAGCAUAAGGUAUGGAUUAGAGCUGUAUUAACAGGUUGUUUGGUAGGCAGGUUUUGUAGUGUAUAUUUUGUUUGAUGUGAAGUGAACGUUUGAGUGGUUUGUAAUGCUCCAGAAUUUUAGUUUUCCUUGCAUUUGAAAAUCAGUCAAGUAAGAUAGUUUCCAAAUCCCA